AUGGCACGAAAGACGUGGAAGCCUCGUGGCAUCAAGGCCGCAUUCGAACAUGGCGAGGAAGAGAUGUCGCCAGAAGAACGUGCCGCAUUGAAAAAGAAGGAGAUCGAGGCCGAGUUUCUCAGGUACAAAAUGGCCAGGCGAGCAGCUGCCGAGCGAGCCAAACAACAGGCUGAGGAGGGUGGAGAAGAAGCUGCUCCCGCCGACGUUGGCUCCAUUAAGGACCGCUUCGACAAAGGAGAAGCAUUCAAGAGUGCGGAAAUGGAUGGGAAGAACGUCGACGUUGAAAUCAAAAUGGCUGGAAAGGCUAGAGAAAAGUUUAUGCAAAUCGACGCCUCCGGUGCUGCUCCGGUGAUGCCCGGUCAAGGCAGAAAGGCUGAACCCAGCAAAUGGGACAAGAAAGAGGAUCGACCUGCCGCCGAAGUCAUCAACAGGAGAGCAGUUGAUGAUUAUGACGAAGAUGAGGGUGAAGAUGCUUUCGAUGUCAAGAAUCUCAUGAACAAGUUCAAGCACAUCGCUGAGGCCGAGACAACGACUGCUCUCAAUCCGGAACAGCGAGCUGAGUUGGAGGCCUUGAAAACCGAGGCGAAGAGCUUGAAACAGCGAUUUGAGGAAGGCAUCGACGACGACUCGGACUUGGCCGAAGAGAAACGACGACAGAUGCAGGAAGAGUUCGAGCGACUGAAGAAGGAACGGGAAGAAGCUCAACGGCGACUCGAAGAAGAACGAGCCAUGGAAGCGCCGAAAGAAGUCGAAAAGGAUGACGUUAAUAUCAAGGCUGAGCAUGCCGCAAAGAUGGCUGCCAAGUGGGAGAAGAUCCAGGCGAAAGAGGCGAAGAAAGCCGAGAAAAGCCGAAUGCCCGAGAAGAAGGUGGCGCAGUCGUAA